CUGCCUAAGAGGAAUGUUCUGCCCAUGACAGGAAAAAGCAACACGUUCAGAUUAAUAAAUACAUUCAUGUGGCUGACCAGAAAGAUGCUGUGCUGCCUGUUCGUUUGACACACAACAUGGCAGAGCACGAGCCCACACCAGAGGAGCUGGCAGCAAUUGCAGCAGCCAACGCAGAGACUGACUCCUCAGUCAACUACAAACCACCUGCCCAGAAGAGCUUGAAGGAGAUCCAGGAGCUGGACCAAGAUGACGAGAGUCUGCGGAAGUACAAAGAGGCACUGCUGGGAGGCGCUGCUGCUGCUGUGAUUGAUGAUCCCACUGUCCCCAACGUCCAGGUGACAAAAAUGGUUCUGGUAUGCGAGACGGCUCCAAACAAUCUGGUCCUUGAUCUGACUGGGGACCUGGAGAACUUCAAGAAGAACCCGUUUCCGUUGAAGGAGGGAGUUGAGUACAGAAUAAAGAUCUGCUUCAAGGUCAACAAAGAGAUUGUGUCAGGCCUGAAGUACAUGCAGCAAAUAUUCAGGAAAGGAGUUAAAGUUGACAAGUCCGAUUACAUGGUUGGCAGCUACGGCCCCAGACCAAACGAGGAUUACGAGUUCCUCACCACGAUGGAGGAAGCUCCAAAAGGGAUGUUGGCCCGCGGCACCUACAACAUUAAGUCCAAGUUCACCGACGACGACAAAAACGACCAUCUCUCCUGGGAAUGGAGCAUCGCUAUCAAGAAAGACUGGAAGGACUGAUUUUCCUCCCGUCACACUCACUUGCUGGUCCAUCAACGUCUUCCUCUGCUUUGUUCUGCUUUUCUUUUCUUUUUCCUUUAUCAUUCCAUCUCCCUCUGGAUAUUGAAUCGUUCUAGUCUUUUGCUCUUUCCGUCCAUCAGCUCCCCCACUCCACUCCACUCCUGCAGUUUCAUCUUUCUCUAAUUCCAAUCACUUCAUCAUUCCUCCCACAGCAAUGCUGAUUGAUUUUUGUCUGGCCAGCCUUUUUUUUUAUAAGAAUGAAAUCGUAAAAAUGGGGAAAAGUUAUGUUCACUCCAGAUUUGUUUAGGUUACAGUUUGUUUAAAAAGAAAAAAAAUAUUAUCUGUUAAAUAGGAAAAAAAAAAAAAAAAUUCCCCUCUAUCACUUCCUUUCCUUCCUAUUUUUCAGACUGUUUUGUACGAUUUACCGUGAUCUGCCUUGGAAAGCUUUGUACAGGAAGCUAAAGUGCUGUAUGCAUACAGUCGCUGUAUGGUCACUGAGCAGUGAUUGCUGGACACAACUCCUGGACACGGCCCACCUAAAGCCUUUGAGCUGAUUAUUUGUACUUGGGUCUUGUUAAAUUAUUUGGAAUUCAGGCCACCUCUUUUUUUCCAAAUAGUUCAGCAUCCAGCAAACUGCUGAGAGAACAGGGAAAGCAGUUACCUCUAAGCCCCUUUGCAUUCCCUUGCUUUAGUUGUGGCUGUUUUUCUCGAUCAGGGUAUUUUGGCAGUUUUUUGUUUUGUUUUGUUUUUCUUAGCAGCCAUGUGGCCUUAACAAAAAGAAAUAGACAGCCUAGUUGAGCCAUUUGCCUUCUUAUUAUUAAAUGCUAUAUUUGCCAGACCAUCAUGAGCCUGUUUUAACAGAUCUUGUAUUACAUUGGCAGGGAAUCAGGACUGAGGACUUCUAAUAUCUUUAUUUCAGGUUUUGUGAUUGAUUUGUUGAAGCCGUUGCAUGUAGGGUGUCAAUCAUUAUCAGCUCUAUUCACCAACACCUUCAUUUCAGUACUUUGUAGGUUUCUUAAAAUCUAAUAAAUGAACUCUAAAUCUAAGAGUCCGGGGUUGUACUAAUAGCUUUAUAUCACCCAGUCUCCUCUUAUGUUCCCGAGGACAUCAAAUCCAGUGCGUUACCUCAGUUCCCUAUUGAACCGCUCACCUUGUACUCAAGUUAACAAUUACCACUGCUGACUGUGCCUCCAGACUCUUCCAACCAACCACGUGCUGCAUCUGCUGAUGCGGCAGCACUCGGCAUCAUCUAUAAAUUGACUUCUGAACCAGAAUAGACACCCGAGUCCUUAACCAGACACUGAUGGUUAACACUUCCUGCUGUAUGAAAGUGUGUUUCUUUUUUUACACUCCAUAAGUUUGUGAGUGAAGUCUGUCUGGCUUUGUUCAGCUCUCACGUGUCGUGGACUGAUGUUUUUCCUCUGUGGGUUGAGUGAGACUCGAUGUGUGCUAUUUGUAUUACCUACAGUUUACUGAUCUGUGUUCACAUUAAAGUGUUCAGACUGGG